AUGAAGUCGACCUUCGGAUUGCUUGCUCUGGCAGCAGCAGCCAAGAUGGCUCACGCCCACGCCACUGUGCAGGCCAUCUGGAUCAACGGUGUUGACCAGGGCGCUGGCAACAGUGCCAGCGGCUACAUUCGCUCCCCCCCCAACAACAGCCCCCUCGUCGAUGUCACCUCUGCCGACAUGACUUGCAACGUCAACGGCAAGAACCCUGUUGCUAAGACCCUCCCCGUGAAGGCUGGUGACAAGAUUACCUUCGAGUGGCACCACACCGACCGCUCGCCCUCCGACGACAUCAUUGCCUCCUCCCACCGCGGUCCCAUCAUGGUCUACAUGGCCCCUACCGCCAAGGGCGCUGCCGGCAACGGCUGGGUCAAGAUCGCCGAGGAGGGCUACUCCAACGGCAAGUGGGCCGUCGACAACCUGAUCGCCAACCGUGGCAAGCACUCGAUCGUCGUCCCCGACGUCCCCGCCGGUGACUACCUGUUCCGUCCUGAGAUCAUCGCCCUGCAUGAGGGUAACCGUCUGGGUGGUGCCCAGUUCUACAUGGAGUGUGUCCAGGUCAAGGUCACUUCCAACGGUGCCAACGCUCUCCCCGCCGGUGUCUCCAUCCCCGGUGCCUACAAGGCCACCGACCCCGGUGUCCACUUCGACAUCUACAACAGCUUCAGCAGCUACCCCAUGCCCGGCCCUGCCGUCUGGAACGGCGCUUCCGCCGCUGGCAGCGCUCCUGCCCCUACUGCUGCUCCUACCCAGAAGCCCGUUGUCACCGCUGCCCCCACCACCCUCGCCACCCUCGUGAAGCCCACCACCACCACCGCCGCUGCCCCCGCUGAGACCGACUCCUGCGACGGCGAUGAUGAUGAUUAUGAAACCGAGACUCCCGCCCCUCAGGCCUCCGCCACUCAGGCCCCCGCCCCUCAGCGCCCCGCUCCUCAGACCCCCAGCGGCAGCGUCAAGGAAUGGUACCAGUGCGGCGGCAUCAACUACACCGGCGCCAAGAACUGCGAGUCCGGCCUUGUCUGCAAGGAAUGGAACCCCUACUACCACCAGUGCAUCAAGGCCUAA